AUGCAUUCGGCACAUUCAUUUGGUGAAACAACAACGGUUCACGAAUUGGGUUACGAGAUGGAUACAUAUUUAGACGAAGAGUGUGAAACAGCAGCUGUAGAUGCAAAUAUGGAGAGCGAGCCCUUUCUCGCACCAAUCACUAGUAGCACCACAUCUUGGGUUGCUCCCAAAGGCUUCAUAUGGAUUGAAAUUGCGAUAUUCGCAAAUGUAUUCCUAUCGGGCUUUGAUGGGACUAUUACAGCGUCAACAUAUGCUGUAAUCAGCUCCGAGUUCAACGCUGCCAACAAUGCUUCCUGGCUGACGACCUCCUAUUUGAUCACAAGCACUGUUUUCCAGCCCCUGUACGGCCGAUUCUCCGAUAUUUUCGGUCGGAGAGCUUGUUUUUUUACCUCGACCAUUACUUUUAUGCUCGGUUGUCUGGGCUGUGCUCUGGCCCCAAACAUCGUGGUUUUAAAUUUGAUGCGCGCAGUAACUGGUCUGGGAGGGGGUGGGUUGAUGACGAUGGACAUGAUUCCUUUCAAAGAGCGAGGGAUGUAUCAAGCGGUCCAAAACGUCUUGCACGGAUUCGGGUCGAUUUGCGGUGCGUCGAUAGGCGGAUCGAUUGCAGACACGAUCGGAUGGCGAUGGUGUUUCCUAUUGCAAGUGCCAGUGUCAAUUCUUGCACUAGUAGUCGGUCAUCUGGUAGUUAUAAACCAGUCACACUAUCAGAACGUAAAUCGCGAGGCGUCCAAGACCGCACUAUCUGCGAUUUGGAACCGUGUCGACCUGUCCGGUUCCUUCUUGUUGAUCGUAGGAUUAAGCAGCCAGCUUGUGGGGCUCGGUCUGGGCGGUAACGAGCUACCCUGGAGCAGUCCCUGGGUUAUUCUAUCCCUUGUUGCCAGUGUCCUGAUUCUAGGACUGUUUUUAUACGUUGAGGCGACGACAUCAGCCAUGCCUGUGAUUCCACCUCACAUGCUCCGGGGAAAGUUGGCCGUGUCAGCGCAAAUCAGCAAUGUUUGUGUGGGGUUGGCAGCGUAUGCAUUCCUUUUUACCCUACCAUUGUUUUUCCAAGUCGUACUGAAUGAUUCGGCCUCAACUGCCGGUGCGCGACUAAUGAUCCCUUCUGUCGCCACCCCCGUGGGUGGUGUUAUAUCAGGCUUCAUCAUGUCACGAUGGGGCCAGUUGGCCAAUCUUGUCCGCAUAGGUGCAUUGCUAAUGUUCACUGGCAACGCUCUCGUCACGUUGCUCGGAUUCGACUCCGCCAAAUGGAAGUACAUUACAUAUAUAAUUCCCGCCAGCCUCGGACAAGGGAUUGUAUAUCCGGCUAUAUUAUUUACAGUUCUUGCGGCAUUUGAUCAUGCUGAUCACGCCGUCUCCGCUUCAACCGUCUAUCUAAUCCGCUCCCUAGGAACAGUUUGGGGGGUAGCAAUCACAUCAGCUAUCACCCAGAACACACUUAAAAAAGGGCUUCCAGAAGCCUUGAUUGUAAUACCAGAUAAAUGGAAAAUCAUCGAAGAAAUCAGACACUCAGUCCUGGCAAUCAACAAACUACCCCUGGACGCCCAAUUGGCCGCGCGCCAGGUCUACCACGACGGCAUAAACCUCUCAUUUGCUGUUUCUGCUGGAUUUGGCUUUAUCGCGACUGUGUCUGCUCUCUUUGCGAGCGGAAAGGGAUUGUCGCGACGCGCCAGCAGUGAUACGAGGACGACGGCUUCUCAUUCCUAG